AGUAGAACUUCAUCUCACUGGCCAGGAGCUUUCUUCACGCAGGGACAGUUUGGAGAUACGAUUUGGAAAAUGGACUUUAGGGGGAUUUUUCUAGCCAAGUGCCUGGUGGUUUUAUUCUCCUGUGUAAAAGGUUCUGCAAACGAAGUGUACGGUGUUCUGGGUGGUUCUGUUUUCUUGAACGUUUCUGACUUCAAAGUGGAAAAGCAACAUGACAUAACAUGGCUCAAAAAUGCAUUAUUCCUUGCGAAGAUCAAAAAUUCUACAGUGAAAUAUUACAGGGAAAAGGGAAAGUAUAUGAUGUCCCUGGAUGAUGGAACCCUGCAAAUAGACCGCCUGGUGGAAGAGGACAGGGGAAAUUACACAGUGAGAGUGUACGAUGACAAGGGACAGCUGCAAAUGGAGAAGAACUUAAAUCUGAGCUUUGAGGAAAUUGUCUCUAAACCAGAAAUCAAAUGGAUAUGUUCAGAAAAUUCCGUAAAGGUGACAUGUGAGGUGAAUCAGAGAAACAAAGCUCUUUUUCGUUUGUUUCGAAAUAACAAAACACUGAAUUUAAAACCGCACAUAGAUGCAAAUGGCAUAUGGAAGAUUGAAUACAGCUCCAAAAGCAGUACUGCAAAGUUCCAAUGUGAAGUAAAAAAUCACAUUAGCAAGAAAACGGCUGAUCAGGAAAUCAAAUGUUCAGGGAUGCUGGACAUUGUUCUCAUUGGGAGCAUUGCAGGAGGUGCAGUUGUCUUUGUCAUCUUUUUGGCUCUGCUGAUUUACUGUAUCAGGAAGAAGAGAGCAGAAAGAUAUGAAGAACAGGAUGAGGAGACACCGAUGAAAACUCGACAAGUGGGCGAUGAAUCGAAAUAUCGGGAGCUUCCUCAACCUCCAGUUCAUGCUCCUCAGAAGCAGCCACGCCAGCAGCAGAGACUACCUCCACAGUCUCAAACUCAGUACCAGGCAGGGCCCCCCCGGCCCAGGCCACGCACUCAGCAGAAGUCUCCAACCCACAUGAAAGAGCGACCGUAAGCAUUUGUCCUGGAGGAACAGACCCUGUCCCAUUACCUGCUCUGGUGGGACCUACCACAAAAAUAACCUUGCAAAUAGCCAGCAAUCCCCCAGACUGGCUGCUUUCAUUGUGGGAGAUCACUGUCUAUACUUAAUGGCUAAGGAAAAGGCUCAACGAUGGAGACGCGAGGUGAUCACAGGUCAUUAACCUUGGCCAUUUUCUUCAAGUAACUCCAUGCUAAUGUGGGACAUUUAGUCCUGAAAUCUGCUUCCUUUUUGCUUCAUUUGGUUGUACCUCUCCUUGCCAUCUUCUGGUCAAAUUAUUAUUAUUUUUUUUUUGGAAGGCCCUAAGACUCUAUUGAGAUGACUUUCAUCACGUCUCUCUUCCUAUACCUGAACUCCCACCCAAACACCCCUCUAGUUGCUGCAGCCAGUCAUUUGAUCAUAUGGAGAGGAAAACAGGUGUGUUAAUUGUCUGACAUACUGGAGUGCUGGCAAGAAACUGCAACUUUAUUUCUUGGCCAUGACAUGACCUGGUUCAGGGUUCCCAAGGCAGAUAUGCUUGUCACAUGACAGGAGCCAGUAUCCAUUGGUGUGUGAGGUUCCUGUAGCACAGUAAUACAUAGUAUUACCAAGUAGUCUAAUUAAUAGUAUUGCCAAGUAUUAAUAGUAUUGCCAAGUAGUCUAAUUAAUAACUACUUUCUCUGAACCUUGUUGACUCUCUCAUCCCAUGGCCACUUUGUGCUCUCAAAAGAGGCCUGCUCAGCUACUAUGGUUGGUGUGUCACCUGGAGCCAGUCACAUGUACCUGACAGGAAGAAUUCACCCUCUCUCUUUUUCUACGAUAUUACUUGCCUUCAGGAAAAUCUGGAAAUGCUGCAGUGGUGUCUUCUGCUCCUCUCCCACAGCCCGUCCACACUGAGGGAUUUAGGAGGCCUCAUUUGCUCCAUUUCUGUGAAGGAGUUAGUUUAGGUCUGAUGCCACGUAAUCCAUCUGACCCACAGGAGUGCCCCAGUCACAUGACCUGCGUCAGCAUUCUGAAAGCAAAUAGCCUUGUAUUGACGCAGGUCAGGGGACCCAGCAGUUCCAGUAACUGCGAGGUGUAUAACUGGGGUAUUUACACAUAACCAUGAAGACCUCUUGCUUUGACAAAGGAGGACAUGCUCGUCUGGACUGCAGUCAGCACCCCGUGUCUCUGGGAGACAGGGUGUAGUGGGAAAGACAUUCUUGCUUAUUCAUAGGUAAUGCACGUGGGGGGGGGCACGCAGAUUUCUGCUUGGACUGCUGGGAGGAGGGAGAGGGCUUUGUCCUUCUGAAGUGUCUGACCCCCGGCAUGCUCGGCCCCUGUCCCUGGCUGCCGGGGAGCGGGCUGUCGCCACUGACACUAUCUCUCCAGCUGGGCGCUCUCUCUCCGGCAGCUGCCACACAAAGCGGUGACCUGCGAAGUGGCUCCAUCCCGCUCCCCAGGGAGAGCGGCCAAAUGUGCCUGGGAGGAGGUGCAGCAGGAGAAGGACAGAGCCCCACCCCAGCUAACUCUGGUGGGGCAGGGAGAGCAUGGCGGCUGCAGGCUGGGCACAGGGCCGGGGCUGGGGGGUCGCUGGGCAGAGGAGACAUGUGGGGCUGUCGUGUCCUCCCCUUUAGAUUGCGGCCCCCCCAGCGUCAGGAGGCAUGAGUUGUCUGUGCCUCUAACCUUUGGCGAAUCUCAUGACUUCUCUGAUUCACAGGUAGAUCAGCUGGGUCAGCAGAGGCCCCAUGUUUCUAUUUUAUUCACUGUAUUGUCUGGCUGGCUAAAGCCACCCCUCUGGUGUUAGUGACGGCACACGGAGCAUGGGGCAGGGACGGAGAAGUGAGAGCCAUUCUCAGUAGCACAUUGGCUGGAGCCUGACACUUGUGCCACAUAAGGUAGAUGAAUGUAGGGUAGUUCUUUCAGGUUCUGCGUCUCCAAUGUAUUUCCGUGGCGUUAAAAGGUGUAUCCUUAUUUCUCUGCCCAUUUAUAGCCUGCCAGGUGCAGGGAAGAGACAUGGGGGGAAGGAGGCCCUUGCAUGUCCCGCCAAGGGGCCAGUUGUUGUACUUUGCUUUGUCCUCAGAAGCUGGCCUGUAUGGCUCGAACACCUGGCCCAGCUUUAUGCAGUGUGUGCUAAUGGUUUGACUAUUUUAAUGUUUAUUUUUUUUAAAUGGCUUGUACUCCAUUUUGUAUAUGAGAUAGCAGCAUAAAUAAAGAUUAGAG